AAAUCCGCGUCGCCAGUAGAAGGGAGUGGUACGUCAAAUCUGACGCACAUUUUGUGACUUUAUCCUUAUUUACUGGACAGCUGAGUGCCCGAGAAUUGUUCCUUUGGUGCUCCUUCCACAGCCCCGGUGUGGACAAGGUGAUUGCGGUGUGAAGUUGCAAGCCCGUGAGGUGAUUUCCGUCUUUUUUGGGGGGUGUGUGUGGGUGUUUUGGUGAAGCACGCAAUUUGUGGGAAAUUUGGGUGGUUGCAAAAACCCGGAAGAGCGCGACGUGAACGUUGCAGUCGGUACUUGAGGGUAGUUUUUCCUUCCCGUACGUUGCUUCGUCUGUGCACAGAGCAAAAACGGCAAAAAAGGGGGUGCCAGGUUUCCUGAGUGGCAGAGAUCUUAAACACGGAAGAGGUGCAGAGCAGAGAGGGUGCAACGAAAAGUAGUGUGUUGGGAAUUUCCGGAAGUGUGUACACGGAAAAUUGCCAAGGGGGUCAUUGAGCAUGGGCAAAGGGGGUGUUUUGCUGUCCCAGGAAGCGCCAUCUUGGUGUGCAGCCUAAGCCCCACGGCAGAAAGCAAUUCACUUGCAAUAGCUUCAUUGCUAACUGAACGUUGUUGGUGGGAAAAUGUCGUCAGCAUAGUGGUGUGAUUAAGUGCUCCCAGGAUCAAUACUUAACCUGUUCGGCAGUGUUGCCACACACCACCCCCGCGGCCCCCAAAACGGUGAGUGAGAGCAUUUAGCUUGGCCUCGAGCACCACCCCACACCACACGGCUAACGGAGUCUCCGAGGGUUGCCGCCGCGGUGGCACACUGCGCAUCGUAUUUUUGGCGCGUGUGUAGUGGACGCGCCGCCUGAGGACGAGACAGUCGGCGGGACGCCUGUUGAGCGUCAGUGGCGCCGCAACUCAACCCACUUGUUUAUCUUCUGUUGCAUUUACCUGUGGAUUUUGGCCGCCAUCGACUUUCAGCCCUUACACACAAUCCCUCAUCCGCCAGUCAACCCCUCGACGCAGUGACGAGCGCUACUUGUUGCUGUUGGGUUCUGUCGCCUCUUUUUACUUCAAACCAACCUCCUUACAUAGCGUCCGCACUUGUGGCUUCGCACUACGCGCUCUCUCACUCUCGCUCUCUCAAACCCAACAAGACGAAGGAAAAAUAAAUUCAAAAAACAGAAGCCCCCAACGGGCGUCCAUUGAAGUAAUUUUCAAAAGCACCCCCUCUCCCGGAAGUUAGCCGCCGGAGCAUUAUAAGGGAGACCAAACCACCAUCAACAAAACGCGGCCCACGGCGCAACAAUUUGAAGACAACGAAAGCAAUAACCCUCCUGUGAGUUUACUCGGCAAAGAAAGAAAGAAAAGAAGGAGAAAAGAGGAAAAAUCUACAUUUUAGGCUUUUAUUUUUGCAAAAAAAAAGUGUACGUGUGUGUGUGUUAAAAAGCGCGCUUUUAUGCUUUAGUGACGAAGAGAAAUAAUGCCACGUUGCUACAUGGUGAAGAAGCAUCAGGGCCAAAUGUCGCCCGCAAAGACGAACGACGGUCGUUUUAGGCAACAUUCGCCAGCAAUGGGGGUUAAAUUGCCCCAAAAAGACGACGCAGCGGAACCAGUAAGCCCCACCGAGGGUUCUGUGGCACCACUCUACGGAUCACCAGACAGCAGAGGAGGAAUCUCAGUGGAGUCCAGCAUGCGCGGUCGAACGGAUCGCAGCGUGACGGUGAUUACAGCCACCCCAAAGCACCAAUCAAUCCCCACAUCGGUGGUAGUCCAGACCCCUCCACGGAAUAUCCGAAUGUCCGAACCCGUAAUUGUCUAUUCACCCCCAGUGCGAGUCGAAGCGGCACCCGAGGUGAGUUCCCUGUUCAAGGAUCGCAGUAUCGAGGAAACGGAGGCGGCACACGAUCUUCUGUCGCUCUCACAGAGCCUCCCCCCACUGCCGGCACCAUGUGUCGUGACAAUUCUCCACCCAGACCCAAACUUCCAUCCUACAUCACCGAUUAUGCACGAAAUCACCCCCAAUAGGGUACAUGCAGCCUCACCACGGCCACGUGCCAUAUCCCCCGUCCCAGUUCUGCCGUGCUACGAACUGCCGACGCAGAAUGUGGCGCCACUCACGCCGCCCACGUCGGAGCACAGCUCUGACGCCGAACUGGGUGCAUCGUCGGAUUCCUCAUCGCUAAGCUUCCGCGAAGGACGUCAGCAGUCGCCGGUACCGAAAGCCACGCCCACAUCCGAAGUCUACACGUACGAUGAUCUAAUGGUGAGCGAUGGCCGUUCGAAAAACAAGCGGCGGGAGGCCGCUCGAAGUGUCGAAGCUAGCGAUGGUGGGCGCAAGAAUAAGUAUCGCUGCCCCGAAUGCGGCAAGCAGUACGCCACAUCGAGCAAUCUCUCACGCCACAAGCAAACCCAUCGUAGUCUCGACAGCCAAUCGGCCAAGAAGUGUCACACGUGCGGCAAGGCGUACGUCUCAAUGCCAGCGCUGGCCAUGCACGUGCUCACGCACAAGCUCUCCCACAGCUGUGGCGUCUGUGGGAAGCUCUUCUCACGCCCGUGGCUCCUACAGGGGCAUUUGCGCUCACACACCGGUGAGAAGCCCUACGGAUGUGCCCACUGUGGCAAGGCCUUCGCCGAUAGGUCCAAUCUACGUGCUCACAUGCAAACCCAUUCGGCCGAUAAGAAUUUCGAGUGCUCACGCUGCCACAAAACCUUCGCACUCAAAUCCUAUCUCAACAAGCACCUCGAAUCGGCUUGCUUCAAGGAUGACGGCACUACGGAUAGUCGAAAUGCUCCGGAUGAGGACCAGGAGGAUUCCGAAGAUGAAUUCAUUAUCGUCACGUAAAAUGUGAAACAUACGGUGAGCCUACAACUAAACUAUCUAGUCUAGUCGCAUCUGUCUUAAAGAUAAUUCCCAAGGGGUUAUUUGACUUCAUUAAUUCAUUUUGAAAUUUCAAACCUAACUGACCUAGAAAAUAACUCACUUUGAGGUUAGGUUUUUUUGUAGGAUUAAAAAUGAAUUUCAAACACCCCUGAAAGUUAGUCAUGGAAUUUGCAGAACCAUUAGAAGAGCUACCGGCUAUCCUUUAAUUUUCUUAUGCUUUAAAUUUUUUUUUAUACAUUGAAGGGAAUUAGAUUAGUUUGAUUAGAUGUGGAUUAGGAUCUAUAUUUUUUAAUUGAAAAAUAUUUACAAGAAAACGGAAAAUAUACUUUUAGAUUUGAUCCCAAAAAAUUCUAUUUAAAAUUUGACGUUAGGAUUAACUUCCAGACAGAUUUAGCUCUUGGUCUAAAUAUUUUGCUAUAUGGCGUAAUACGGAAAUCAACGUGUUAACUAAUUAGAAAAUUAAAAGAAAUCGAAUAAAAUGUGAUUUUUUAAAAUAAAAAGUAUUUCAUUUUUUUAAUAAAAUUUAGCUAUUUAUUAAUUGGAUAUUUUAGGAAAAAUUUUACAUUAUUAGUGAAAGAAAUUUUAAAAAAUAAAUUAUCAAUUUAAGAGAAAAUUGCUUGAGAACUUUUGCAAUAUAAUCGUAGAAAUUUUUGAAUAUUUUCCGGCAUAAGAAUAAAUUAAUUAGACGCCCCUUAAAUUAUUCAAAAUGAUUUCUUUCAAACUCUAUAAACUUCUAAAAAAUUCUGCAAAUUUUCUGACUAACCCCCUGACACGUCGCAAAAAUACUAAUUCUUAAAAAAAAAACUUUUAAAGAACCACACUAUAUUGAAUCUUUCUCUUAAACCUAGUAAUAAAAAUAGUGUAAAAAAUUCUCUCAAAAAAUUGGCAUUAAUAUGGAAAUUCUUUAGAGAAAUCCGGCAUUUUUACGGCGAAAAUAAAAAAUAAUGAAAAAAAAAUAUUUAAGAAAAUUUAGUAAAAAAAAUGAGCAAUACCACUUUUGUAGAACAUUUACUUAUAUUUUUGCAUUUGAAAUAAAAAAUAAAAAUGAAAAGUAAGAGUAAAGAAAAAGUAAGUGAAGUUUGUAAAUAAAUUGAGCAUUCAUUCAAAUUUUACUCUAUAUAUAACAUAUUUUGUAGAUCCAGAGUAAAAUGCGGUGAAAGAAGAAGAAAAAACAUUUAAGUAUUAGCGAGAGCAAGACAGCAUAAGUAAGACAUGCAAAAAAUCUAGGCUUUAGGAGUUUUAGGGAAGAUUGCGCGUGCUUUUAGCAGAAACAUUUUUGCGAUUAAAAAAACAUUUUUUCUUAUGCACAUUGUAAAAAAAAUUAUGUAGAAUUUUAUUGAGAAUGAAGAUAGAUUUCCCAGAGGGUUCUAAACACACACACACACACUUAGCAGAAAGCUUCGUAUACGGAGCUUUUUUUUUUCAUGCUACAUAUUUUGAAGGCUUAAGAGAGUAGAGAGACUAGAAAAUGCGGAUUGAAUUGGAGAGGAGAUUCUUGUGCAACGAAAAAAAAAGUAAUUCAUUUUACUUCGAGACUGUCUUCGUUCCCUCUCUCACCUCCACUUUGAGCGGGAUGGGGGUGAGUGUCUCUCAUGACCCUCCCUUUUUUGUGCUCUGAGCAUCCUUCCAUGUUUAUUUUCCGCGCGAAAAUUAAAAGGGGUGCAGUGCGAGGGAGACGGGGGGUGUGCUCAUCAAAAAUUUGUAUUUCAAUGGACAUGCCGGAAAUUUAAAAAUGUUUAUCUAUUUGGUGGUGGUUGGGGAGGAAAUUUAACGUGGGCAACCGUAGAUGGUGUGUGUGUGAUGGCAAAAGCACAAGGGGUGUGACACACUGCCGUGGAAUUGGAAUUGAACAUGCCGCAUGGCAUUUUGUUGUGCAGCCACAUCGAUUCUGUGCUUGAUGCAUUUAUUGCCCUAAUAUGGUAUCACAUCAAUCGAUCUAUGGUGCAACCCCCAUUCCUCCCCAUCAUUUCCACUCGGUCAGCCACAUUCAAACCCCUUGAUGGACGUCCCACAAAGCCCACACCACAAAAAAGGGGUAUGUCAAUCAUGGGAAAUUAUGCUCAUUUACCUUACUUAUGAGCUUAAUGUCAAGAAGAGAGCUUUUAACUGCACUGAAUUGUACUCAAUUUAAUGAGAAAUUGAAGGAAAAAAAUAUUCCAGAAGAUUUCACAUUAAAAAUCUUGCAAAUAGAACACUUUAUAACAGCUGUUAUAAAUUAUAACUGAGCUGAAAAUUGCAUAAAAAAUCAUGAAAAGAGAGCAAGAAUUCUCAAUAAAAACCUCGAAAGGCCACAACAUACUUAAUUUUUAAAGAAAAUCAAUUCAAUUUAUAGAAAAAAGCGACACAGAAAAAGUUACUUGAAAACCCCCUGAAGGGAGAACUUGUCAGUGAAUUGCACGCCAAUCGAAACGGAAGCAACUUUUACGUGUUGGUAUCGAAAAAGUUUAAUGUAGUGCAAAGCAGUGAUAAGGAAUGAAUUUCCCAGUAGAUGGGCGAAACGAGUCUGGCAGUCCAUCGCUCAGAAAGUCAUCGAUUAAUGGCAUUUAAUUAAUUCAAAGUCCCUCAAGCUCUUUUUUUUUCUCAAUAGAACCCCAUCGCUUUUUUCUUUCAUUUUACUUUUAUUUCCUCUUUGCUCUCUUAUGCAAUUCCAUUUAUAUAUAUUCAAUUUUUUCCAAUGAGAAUUUUAUUAAUUUAUGGGGCUCAUUCAUUAUUUAUAACAGAUUUUUAUAAAUGUGUUUUUGUUAAUAAAAUGGCUCUAUUAACUUGAUGGGGGGAGGGAGGGAAAUUCCUUCACCCUUAAGAGCAGAAAAAGUAUAUUUGUUUCCCGUCAUACACAAUGUUUUGAAAUAUAUAUUUCUUUUUAUGUGUUUUUGGGAAAGAAAAUCAAUUAAAUGAGUAAUAAGUUACAGGGUGUGCCAAUUGAAAUGCUAAAAUAAAAUCGAAAAUAUUACAAGAAUUUAAGUAAAAAAAAUCUUCCUUAAAAACUAUUCUAUUGAGAAACUUUUCAUACUUUAUCCUUCCACGCUCAUAAAGCUCCUAGAAUCAAACAAGCAUUAUAAAUCAAUUGAAUGCAUUGAUUUAGAGAUUCCAAAUAAACAUUUAUCAUCAAUGUCUUAAACAAUGUUUAAUUAAAAGCAAUAAAUUCAUUUUAUAGACAACACGUGUUCUCUCAGAACAUUUUCUAGCUAAAAAAAAAUAUUUAAAGAAUUUAUUGUUGCCCUGAAAAUGAUGAAAGACAACGAGAAAAUUGAAAGAGAAUCAAUAAAAUUGAAUAAAGGGAAGAAAAAAAUUGUGGAAAAGGAGCUUAUUCUCUGAUAUAUGGAAAAAUUACUCUUUCGAGGAGCAAUCAGGACGUAGCUAGCUUGUAAAGCAUGAUAAAAGGAUAAGAAAUUGUCAAAGAAAUCUCCGAUUUACCAUUCAGCGAACAAGUUAUGAAAAUCAGGCAAUGAUUUGGUCAAAAAUGUAAGGAAUGACGUCACUUUUAUGUUAUUAAAAUCAUUAAUCCACAUGAAGUAAAAAUGCAUCACAGCUAAAUCGAUAAAAUAUUGAAUUAGUAAGAGGAUAGAUUGGAGUUUCAGAAGCAUAUGCUUUAUAUAAUAAAGAAGCAAAAUGAGAUACAAUGCAAGAGCGUAGCCAAGGAGGAUUUUAGGGUAACUAAAUACCCAUUAAAAGUUCAGGAAGUUAAGACUCUCUUUAGAAGUCACAAUGAGAAUAUUUUCAUGCUAAAAAUUACACUGAAAAAAUUAUAAAAAGAAUUUUCAAGUGUUUCAAAAGUUUAUACGUUAAAAGAAACAUCAAUCAUUUGAAAAGAAAACGUCGAAACUGCAGACAGACUUCAAACUACAGAAAAAAGUCAAAAUUAUGAAAGAAAAACGUCAACAGUUAAAAAGAAACGUCAAAUUUUACAAAGAAAUCGUCAAACGUUUGUUAAAAAAAAACACUUAAGUAAAAGAAUUAUGACUUCAAUUGGCACACUCUGUAAAUUUCAAUUAGUCCACCUUUUGUCCCCACAACCAAUUGUAGUGGAUUUUUCAAAAUCAACCCCCUUCGCUGUGUGGCAUGAGGGACACCCUGUCCCACCCCCAGUCCCCUUCGUACGUGGUGUGGGUAAAACAUAAUAAUUUGGUUUAUAUUUUUACGUGACUUGACACUCAUUAUCCGAGUCAAACACACGAGCGAAUUACUCAUUUGGUGAAUUAUUGUUUUUAGGCCUUGUUGCGUGAUCGAAAAAUUCACUGAGACGCGCAUAUUUUAAUAAUUAUUGUGUAAUUUUAAUAAUACACAAUUCACCCCGAAAAUUAAGCUCUUUUCUCCGCGCUGCGUGUGAAUACCCUUCCUGUUGAGCACCAACCCCUCAUCCAGCUCCCAUCGCCCUACCCCCACGACUAAUGAGGCUCAUUCUUUCUCUGCCUGAGUAUCGUGUGCUUUCCCAGUCAAACAUGGAAGCGCAGAAAAUUCCUCGAGAUUUUCACCCCUCUUCGAUGUGAGAGAGAAAUUUAAUCUCUACAGAGAGCAAAGUGGAGAAAACGAUAUAAUUACAGAUAAUUAAAAUACAUAUCAGUGAGACAAUACUUGUAGAAGAAGAAUUAACAAAAAAAGAAAAAGUGGUAAUUUUACCUUUUUCCAUUCUCCGUAUAUCCUCAACCCCAAUCUGCGGCAGAGAUUUUAUUCCCGAAAAAAAAAUGGAGAAAAAUAAUAUGAAGAUUAAUGGGGAAAUUUAAUAGGAUUUUUAGACAAUGUAAAAAGAAAACAGAGAAUUACAUAGGAAAGAUGGUGAAAAUCUCUCUUAACAGAGCUAUAAUUAAAAGAAAAUUAUAUAAAUUUAGGAAAAUACCAGAAAAAAUCCAUAUUAUAUAUUUAAAAUAAAAAAGCACAACCGAAACAUCCGUGGAAAGUAAUAAAUUCCGCCCUGUAGAUGAACAAAAACACCCCUCCAAAAAUUCAUCAUUCAUGUGGCGCCAAUGCACACGGAGAAAAAAAUGCAUUUAAACACCUGAAAGUGGGGUGCAAUGGGGGAUGCACACACGGCAUGGUUAGAGAGGGAAAAAAAAGUCGACACAGAGGGUGUGCACGAGUAAAUGUAGUAAAAACAAGAAAGUAAAUAGUAUUAAAAAGUUACGUGGAUGAUGAUUUUUGCAUGGCGGGACAAAAAGUACGGCGCCAAGUGGUACACACAGCAGCAAAAUACAACAAAAAAAACUAUAUGAAUAACUCAAUUUACGUUCAUGUCAGCUGAAAUUCAAAUCCCGAUGCUCGUGCACAAAAGUUUUUUUUUUACUACAUUUAAUUGCAUGAUAUUCAACACACACACACACUUGACUGAGAAUUUUAUGUGCGUUGGCAACUUUUUGGCGGGAAAAUUUCUCAACACUGACAUCCCCUUUUUAUCCGCCCCCUCGUGUGGGAGUGGAUGGAUUUUGCAGUAUAUGCACGUGGAAUAAUUUUUGGGUAAUGCGACAUUCACAGCACGAUGGAUUUUUUAAUGUUUUCUUUGAUUUUUUUUAUUGUUCCAAAAUUUUCACAUUCCUAAAAAUAAUUUAGUGAAAAUAUUCAGAUGACGAAUUAUUGAAAUGAUUAAUUAAUACUUGAAAUCAAAUAAAAGGAAAAUUCAGCAAUUUGAAUUAGUUAAAAGAAGGAAAGAAAAAGAAUCAUUUUAAUUAAUAAUCAGAAAGAUUUAUUCAAAAAAAAUUAAGUGAAUCGAUCAUUUUGCGUCAUUGAAUCAGUUUAAAGAACAGAAAUAAAUUCUUGUUUGAGAACUAUAAGAUAAUAAAUCACAACAAAACAUGUGAAGUUAGUUAAAUCAUUCUAUGAGAAUGAAUCAGUCAAAAUAACUAAAGAAAAUUAAUCUUUUAAAGUUAUAACUGAUUCAAGCAGACCCAAUAACGGAAGAGAAUAAUUCAAUAAGAAUUUAAUUAUUUAAAAAAUAGAAUUGAAUAAAUUAAGACAAAUCAAUGAUCAGGAGGUUUAACCACAAAUAAUUUAAUAAAUUGAAGGGCGAGACUAAGUUUGAAAGAUCAUGAUCAAUUUUUGCUGAAAAUUAAUCAAAAUUACAUAAUUCAUUCAGUCAUUGAGAACCUUUAAAAAGAAUGAUCUCAGAGAAAUUUUUUUUAAAGAAGAUAUUGACUUUUAAAAUCAAACUAAAAGCUAUUUGAAACAGUCAAAAAACAAUAAUAAAUAAAUUAGACAGAAUUUCAACAUUUAAUCAAAAUAAUGAAUCAGGAAACACGAUUGAAUACUCUCAACAUUCGAAUAAUAUUGUCUGUUUAAAAUGGUUAAAAAGCAUAAAGAUUACGAAAAUUGUUAACCCAUUUUGUCAGUUUUUUUCUCAUAAUUUUGCAUUAUUUUUUGUGUAAAAACUGUGUCUCAGCUAACCUGGAAAAAAUCAUUUCAUUUUACGUUUAAAUCAGCCUGUGACCCAGUAGAAUGCGAAAGGGUUAAAAAAAAUCAAACAUUUUUUGAAAAAAAAAACGAUUUUCUAACUAAAACUAUUAUUAUUAACAAAGAAAACGAAAAAAGAGAAAAAUUGAGGAAAAAAUGAAACAAAAGGAUUGAAAUGGGAUUACCGAACACUACAAAAUCCCACAUCACCGAGAACAAUCACAUAUUCCUCUUGCAAAGUUAAAAUGCAACACACCACACGUACGUACCCUAACUUUCCCCGGAUGUUGUGCGAGAAAAUAGUUUUGAGAAUAGACACAAUUAUAGUAAAAUCAACAUUUCCCAAAACUACAUUAAAAUGCCGUUGAUGUUUUGCAAAACGGAAAAAAUGGUGGUGGUGUGGUUCGUAUCAUACCGCGUACCAACACACGUACAUAUACAUAUAUUGUAUUUUACCCCAAUUAGUUGCCGAACAACUGUUGAAUUACAAAACAAGCAUCAAAAACAAGCACAUUUUCGCCAAAUAUAAUUCGAAAUUUUCUAUUAUGCUGUGCUUUUCCAUUUUAUGCACACACACGUUGAAAACAUAUACCCACCCCCAUAUUUUCUGAUUUUAAUGAUGUCUAACAUCCCUUUUUUUUUAGCUUGUCUAAUGUCUAUCCUUGUGCAUCCUUUUUCCUAUCCUUCCUCGUAUUUAUUGCUUAAAUGGCAUUCUUUAAAAAGAGUUAAUAUCAACAAAAAUACUUACUUAUAAACCAAAGAAAAAAAAAUAAUAGAAAAAUAUUCAUUAAAAAAAUGCAAGAAAAAGUGAAUUAAAACCGUUCGAAUUUAAAAGAUACAACGAUUUAAAUGAGUUUUGGAGUUUAAAAAGAAAUAAACCAAAGAGAACAAAUUGUAGAUGACAAAAAAAGAUUUUAUUAUUUACUAAAAACCUUUUUAAAAUUUAAAUAAAAAAAAUCACUCAAAAUCUUUAAACAAGAUAAAGAAACUUUUGAAGCAAUACAUUUUUCGGUGAGAAAAAAUUUUCAAUAUGGAGAAAAAUUUAAUGAAAAGAAUGGAAAAAAAUCUAUUUAACCUUUUGAAAGAUGAAAAAAAAUCACGUUAUAUAUUUACUUGAAGAGAAAAAAUGAACCCUUGACCUAUAUAGCGGAGAGAGAGACGAUGUAGAAUAUGUAUAGAAUGCAAUUCACUCUAUGAAGAAACCAUACAAAAAAUAUUUAUAAUCCUUAUAUCAAUUAUAAUGCUCAGAUUUCCAAAAGAUAUAGAAACACUUUUAAAAAUUAAAUCAUUUUUAAAAUCACCUUCAAUAAAAAAAAACUACCUACCUACUAAAAAUUUUAUUGAGAAGAUAGUAAAUCCUAAUUCUUCAAAUUAUAAAGAAAAAAAAAGAAAUAUCUUUCUAAUAUAUAGCGUAGCUCCUAUGAGGUGAAGAAAAAAAUCUUUUACGACUAAAAAUUAUAAUUUUAGAUGAUGAAAAAAACCAUUAACACAGAAAAUUCUUUUACUGAAGAAUUUUUCUCGAAGACGUAGGUAGCGAAAACUAGGAAUUUUUUGAUUCAAAUUAUAUUAAAGGAUGACCAAAAUUAUAUAUACAUAUAUUUACUCAUAUAGAGAUAUUUUUAAUAAUGUCUUAUAUUACCGAGGAAUAAUAAAAAUAAAUAAAUAAAUAGAUUAGUGAGGAAAAAUCCAUUUUACUUUUGCGCCACACAAUAUAGAAAGAAAAAAAAGAAAAAAAACAAUUCAUUUUCAAUCCGAAGAACAACUAAUUCGAAAAUGAACGUUCAAAGUGGUCAUUAUUUUAAUGAUAGUGAUAGAAAUUUACAUUUAAAAAAAUAUUUACGAUAUAAUGAAGAAAAAAAUGAAAAAUAAUAAAAUUAGAUGGCUUUUCCAUAUAAACAAACAUUAUUGUAUUAUUAUAUACAUUAAUAUUAAAAAAAAACAUAUAUUAUACAAUUUAAAAAGAAAAAGAAAAUAAAAGACAUCCAAGAAACUAAAAUUAGGUAAGAAAAAUGGAAGAAGGACAUUUUAAUUGCAUCACAUUUUUAAA